UUCAAUCAACUGUUCAUGACGGAUGUACCAGACCACUGGUGCAGAGUACCGGAACUACAAAAUUUCAAUCUAACUGAAGAACAACGGAAAAUAAUGUCUAUACCACGUAAGGCAGACGAUAACACCACUUUUGAGAAAUGUUCACGGUAUUCUGUUAAUUGGACCGAAAUAUUAUCUGCAAAUAAAACAAUUGAAAUUAACACAAGUUGGCCUAUGGAGCCAUGUUUUGAUGGAUACGUGUACGAUAAAUCAGAAGUAAAAUCCUCCAUAGUAAUUGACUUCGAUUUAGUUUGCGACUUCGACGUUUACCCAACUUUGGGGUUGGUGGCCCUAAAUGUUGGAGGGCCUAUUGGAGUAUACAGUUUUGGAAUAUUGAACGAUCGCAUUGGCCGCAAGAAAUCCUUUUUUACCUGUCUAACUACCCUCCUCAUUGGCAGUUUAAUGACAGCAUAUGCACAUGAGUAUUGGUUUUGGGUACUUGCGAGAACAGUCGUGGGACUGACUAUACCAGCCGUAUACCAAAUACCAUUUAUAAUUUCUUUGGAAUUGGCUGGACCGAAUUAUAGAUCGUUUGUGACGGUCAUGACAUGCAUAUUUUAUACUUUGGGAUUAGUUUUAUUAUCUGGUGUAACGUACAUGUUACGAGAUUGGAGAUCCCUCGCGUUAGCAACGUCCGUGCCCUUUUUCUUAUACUACUUGUACUGGUUUGUGUUGCCGGAAUCACCGAGAUGGCUGCUGAUGAGAAAACGAUUUGAAGAAGCAAAUAAAAUUUUGAAAUCCAUUGCCAGAGUAAAUGGUAAAGAGUUGCCUGUUGAGUAUACAAAUAAAAUCCAACGGCAGGUAUUGGAGCAAGCUAUGAGCGGGGAGAAAGAAGCCGAGACGGCCAGCAUGUUUGCUUUAUGUCGAACUCCUAAUAUGAGACUCAAAACAUGCUUGAUCACUCUUAAUUGGUGCGCCUCAGAAAUGGUUUACGUCGGUUUAAGUUACUACGGACCAGCAAUAGGUAGCAAUCAAUAUGUGAGUUUCUUUCUGUCAUCGGCGGUUGAAAUACCGAGCUACCUUGUUUGUUGGGUGCUUAUGGAUCGAGUUGGACGACGAUGGCCAUUAUGUUUGUCGAUGGUUAUAAGUGGUAUCUUCUGUAUUGUCACGGUGCUGCUCCCAAAUGAUGCAGAAACGGAGACUCUCAUCCUGUAUCUCAUAUCGAAAUGUUUCAUUUCCGCAUCAUUUUUGAUAAUAUAUCCAUAUGCCGGUGAACUUUACCCAACUGAACUGAGAGGCAUUGGGAUCGGGACGUCCGCAUACAUUGGGGGCCUAGGCUUAAUCAUUAUACCUUUUAUUAAUUAUUUAGGAUCCAGUAACCUAGUAUUGCCUUUAGUAGUAAUGGGAGCAGUGUCGGUGGUAGGGGGGUUAACGGCGCUACGGUUACCAGAAACACUGCAUACAUCAUUACCUCAGACAGCAGAAGAGGGUGAGGAAUUUGGAAAAGACUGGACUUAUGCGGACUGCUUUAAAUGUGGUGGCCAAAGACCGGUGGCGGAGGCAGAAUCUUAUGAAAAUCUAGACCAAUUAGAACUUACACAACCUCCGACUGAGAUGGAUGAUGAGCUAUCGGAAAUGCCUAAUUUUCGUAGAAGUUCCAUGCGUAAACUCGUCCGACAAGCAAGCAUUGUUGAAACGCAACGAGACUUGGAUGGAAAUAUGAAAAUGACUUACUGGUUUUAGAUGCGUAAAAAUUUACAAGACCACUUUAUACAAUGUGUUUAGAAUUGCUAAGCUAAGAAAUGAUACCAAUGUUUAAA